UGUUACAUUUAAAUUGUAAAAACCCUAAAAUAGUUAGGGUUUCUUUGAAUUAUGAAGAUGGUAGCAAAAUAAUGUUCCUCUCAGUCACUUCCAAUGUUUACCGUUCGAAAUGGCAAUCAUCCCCAAACGCCUAUGCACUCUCCGCGUCGCCGCUUAUUCCCUAAGUCCAUUCACGCGGCCACAAACCUUUCUCCCCCUCACGCGCCUCCUACUCCACGCGCGUCCGUCCUCCACCCAGCCAUCGAGAACCCCGUCGGAGAAACAAUUCGAGACGUGGGUCCAGGCCCUGAAGUCGGGCUUCACCCCCUCUGACGUUGCCCAGGCCCUGCAGGCCCAAUCCGACCCGGACCUGGCCCUCGAUAUCUUCCGCUGGACCGCGCAGCAGCGCAACUACAAGCACACUAGCGAAACCUACCUCCUCAUCAUCAAACACCUCAUCGCCGGCCGCCGCUACCGCCACGCCGAAACCCUAAUAGAGGAGGUCAUUGCCGGCGCCUGCCACGACGUCUCCGUCCCUCUCUACAACUCUAUCAUCCGAUUCUGCUGCGGUCGCAAAUUCCUCUUCAAUCGCGCCUUCGAUGUCUACAAGAAGAUGCUCAAUUCCAGCGAUUGUAAACCUGACCUCGAAACCUAUACCCUUUUGUUCAACUCGCUGCUUCGAAGGUUCAAUAAGUUGCAUGUUUGUUAUGUGUAUCUGCACGCAGUUAGGUCUUUGACUAAACAAAUGAAGGCUUCUGGUGUUAUUCCCGAUACCUUUGUGUUGAACAUGAUCAUCAAGGCUUAUGCCAUGUGCUUGGAGGUAGAUGAGGCGGUUCGGGUUUUUCGCGAAAUGGGGUUGUAUGGCUGUGAGCCUAACGCUUAUAGUUAUGGCUACAUUGCCAAGGGGUUGUGUGAGAAAGGGAGGGUGAGUCAGGGGUUGGGGUUUUAUAGGGAGAUGAGAGGGAAGGGUCUUGUGCCUAGUACUAGUUCUUACGUGAUAAUUGUGUGUAGUCUUGCGAUGGAGCGCAGGUUGGAGGAUGCCAUUGAGGUUGUGUUUGAUAUGUUGGGGCAGUCUAGGUCCCCUGAUCAUCUCACUUACAAGACUGUUUUGGAAGGGUUGUGUCGGGAGGGAAGGGUCGAUGAUGCUUUUGAACUGCUUGAUGAAUGGAAGAAGAGGGAUGCUUCCAUGGGUGAGAAGAUCUACACGAGUUUGUUGAACGAGUUGCAUUUUUCGUGCCGGAAGUAGCAUAAGAUGCAUAUAACGCUGCUUUUAUUGGAGCAUAACUUAGUUAAUCUCCUGCCCUUAUGAGGCAGCUGAUUUUUUUGAAUCAGUGUUAAUGCAGAUAAAUAGUGGCAUUUGCUUGGAGAAUUGCUCUCAACUUUUUUGGACUAAUUUAACUUGCAACAUGAAUGGAGCUCCUGAAUAGGGGUUAGUUCUAUAAACACUGAUAUUGAUGAUAAGGUGGCGCAAGCUUCUUUUAUGAUGAAAUGUUCGUUCUUCUGAGCAUGCUGAAUCGACUAGACUGCAGGAUUGUAAAUCCUGAUGUUCAAUUUCCACCUAAUGUCGUUGUUAUGCAACCAUGCAGAAGUUGAUCGUGGGUAGUUUGCCGUGCGGAUGAGUAUCUUAUGGUAUUGUGCAAAAAACCAAAGCUACCCGAUAUUCAUCUGAUUGUUCUUUGUUGUUGACUUCUUGCCCUUAGUUUAGCAUUUUGUUUUCUCCAAUAAUCAUUCUGAAAUAGAUGCUAGCUUGAAGUUUUACAGUUGCUAACAUUUGUUUGUAUUAGUUACAGAUAUUUAUUUUUUAGUCCUAAUUCCCCCAUGGUUUGGAGCAACCCUACUGGUCUUUUGAUGGCAUAAGGGGGGAAAUUACAUUGAUCUUCUGUAUUAAAUUUAACAACUAAAUUAUUAAAUUGAUAAGAAUGUGUUAUUGUAUUUCUAA